AUGCGCGUGCGAUAAUGACGCAACAAAAUGGGACCCGGAAGUGCAACAGUAAACAAAGCAGUGAGAGCUGCUGUUAGUUUCUGAAAGAUGGUGUACGUGUCUAACGGUCAGGUCCUGGACAGCCGGAUGCAGUCGCCAUGGCGACUGUCCUUCCUGGUCGAUCUCUUCUGGGGAGUUGUGGAGUUUUUCGGCCUGUAUUUUAAGACAUUAAUUCACCCUAACAUGACAAAGGAUGGAAACGGUGCUUCGUCAAGCUUCAGUGAUGGCAGAGGUCCUCCAGGUCCCCCUGGUGGCAGAAGAAGGAUGGGGAGAAUAAACCAUGGUGGAGGUCCCAGUGCUCCACCAAUGGGUGGAGGAGGAUGAGGAAGGUGA